AUGUGGCUUAGAGUGAUGAAGACGAUUAAUGAGAGUUCAGGAGGUGAUUUCAUACUGGUGGGCUUCUCGGAUCAGCCACAACUUGAGAAGAUCCUGUUUGUGGCCGUGCUGGGUUCUUACCUCCUGACACUGGUAGGUAACACAGCAAUCAUCCUUGUCUCCUGCCUGGAUUCCAUGCUCCACACACCCAUGUACUAUUUUCUUACCAAUCUCUCCUUCGUUGACCUCUGCUUCACUACCAGCAUUGUUCCUCAGCUGCUGUGGAACCUCCAUGGUCCAUCCAAGACAAUUUCUCCCACAGGCUGUGCUAUUCAACUCUAUGUGUCUCUGGCCCUGGGAUCCACUGAAUGUGUUCUCCUAGCUGUCAUGGCGUUUGAUCGGUAUGCUGCUGUUUGCCGACCACUUCAUUAUGCCGCAGUGAUGCACCCACGGCUUUGCCAGUCUCUUGCAGGAGUGGCCUGGCUGAGUGGAGUGGGCAACACACUGAUUCAAGGAACCAUCACCCUUCGCCUGCCUCGUUGUGGAAACCAUCGAAUUUAUCACUUCAUCUGCGAAGUUCCCGCCAUGAUCAAGCUGGCCUGUGUGGAUAUUCAUGCCAAUGAGGUCCAGCUCUUCAUGGCUUCCUUGGUGCUGCUUCUCCUUCCCUUGACACUUAUUCUGGUCUCCUAUGGAUGCAUCGCUCAAGCAGUGAUGAAGAUCAGGUCCGCAGAAGCCUGGCGCAAAGCUCUUGGGACGUGUGGCUCCCACCUGAUUGUAGUGUCCCUCUUCUACGGCACAAUCACAGCUGUGUACAUCCAGCCCAACAGCUCCUAUGCUCACCGCCAAGGGAAGUUCAUCACGCUUUUCUACACUGUGAUCACUCCCACUCUAAACCCUCUCAUUUACACUCUGAGAAACAAAGAUGUAAAAGGAGCUUUGAGAAGGCUGGUGAGGAAAGAGAAGAGCACAGGAGAGUGA